AUGCAGGUGCCACUGCUGCACCGGAGUACCCAGAUGGUGGUGCUGAAGGAGCAGAUCCGGCGGAAGGCCAAGGAGUUGCGGCUGCGCAAGCGCAAGGCCCGUCGUCGCCUGGAGGUGAUGCGCAGAAUCAGGGACCAUCUGCUCGACAGGAUGCGGAACUCCAUAGACGUGCGGCAACGGGACGCGAAGCUGGAAAGGCGGGAGCAGGCGCGAAAGGCGGUGGGGGGCAUGCUGGCCAUGUACAAAGGCUGGCUGCGCAACUGGUCAAGAGCUUUGCGGCUGCAGGGUCGCUUGAUUCGACAUCAGGAGCAGCUGAAGAGUAGACUGCAUCGCAGGCUACAUCAAUUGAGGAAGCAGCUGAAGAAACGCCGUCAGCCACAGAAAUUGGUGGACAAGUGCUUCCAUAAACUCUCCAAGGCGGUGAAAAAGUGGAAAAACAGUCCGCAUUACCAUCAGUUUUUCGAGGGUCAAGAUCAGAUCUGGGAGGCAGAGGCCGCAGAAGUUCGGAAAUACUUAUCAGACAUCCGGGGAAGGCAUCCCAAGAAGGUACGUCGUCAAAGGGUUAAUCAGGAUGACGACAUAGAUGACUUUGCUAAUUUUUGGAACAAUGAGGUGCUCCGAAAAAGGCUUAAGGUCAAAACAAGAUUACCCGUUGAAGGACCAAUACUUGACUCGGAGUUGGUGGAAUCCUCACCCGAAAAUAACCGAAAGUCCAUUAGGAAAAUAAGGAAAUUCAAGCACAAACCCAUCUAUCUCAGUUUAGAUGAGCUCAUCAUUCGGAAAAAAGUAAAGAAACUUAGAAAAUUAAAAAAAACUAGCUGGCAAAGGGAACCAGAUCCGUCAAAACCAUCGCUCGAUGAACUAAAUAUUUUGGUAAGAGAACUAAUAGAAUUUGAUUUUAGGAAAAAAGACAAAUACCAAGAUAAUCAAAAGACGGAAACCUCUAAGAAAGUCAUCAAAAAUCGCAAUAUUAAUGUGGGGACCAUUCCGCGUUUUCCCGAUAUUCCAUUAUUUCCAGAAUCCUCUUUUCCUAAGAAACCAAUUCGAAAAAAGGCCAAACAAGUAGCUCCGAUAAAACUGAAGAAGUUACUGGAUAGGGUUUCUGUACCAGAACCUAAAAUCCUAAAAGCGGAGGUACUAGGGUCCAAAAAAUUACGAAAGUAUAAAAACAAGAUAACGAAACAUAAGAAAAAGUACGUGGAUUUGGUUAUUAAAGACGAGCUGAAAGCACUUUUAAAGGAAAAGGCAAGGAAAAAGAUUUCCCAUCAUGGCAGACAUAAAGCGACGGCAUUAAAAAAGUCAAAGGACUCACUUGGGAAACCAGAAAGUGAAAUUUCUAGGCUGUUCAGCGAUAUUCCCUUGUUUAUGCGGCAGCCAACGAGGAAAAAGAAGUUUACGCAACAUCCCAAGGGCUACUACAGCAGUUCAUCUAGUUCAACCAUCUCCAAAGAGAUCUAUCCAAGCUCAGAUCCCGGAAAAGGCAAAAAGGGACGUAAACUACGGGACGCAAGCAGCGGUUCCCAAUUAGAGAGUGUCGUUGAUCUAAGCUCCGACCAAACAACUAAUGGAAAGCGAAAGAAUCGAUCUAAAGCACCAGCCACCAAGGAUCCAACCUUUCGUUAUUCGGAUUCCGGAAUAGAUUAUAUGCUGACCAAGAUUCAGCAACGACCUAAGCUAAAAACCGAAAAGAGCGGUUCCCCACUACAAUUCGCCGGAGACAGUGUUAUAUCUCUAAGCGAUUCGCUGAAUAAAAUUAUAAUGUCCAACCGACCACGGAAAAGUAUCCGUAGAUCACUCCGCGGACCUCUGAUACUGCCCAAAAAGCUUCGUGUUGCCCCACCUAGGGGUCAGGGCGAAAGCCAUUAUCAGUCGCUCAAAAAGGACAUUAUGUACAUCCGCCCCAGCGAAGAGGAGGCAUCGCGCCAGAGGAGAUCCAAAAGGAACUCCAAUCGUGCAUCGGUCAGCGAACCAGGAUUCAGCAGUGCGAGACAGUCGAAGAGGUUGCUUCCGAAAAGCAAUUCCGAAACCUAUCUGUACGAGCCGAGACCUACCAAUCGGAAUUUAAUUGGCGAUUAUAAUCCGGACAGGACUGAGACUAUCGAUGGCGAUCAACCGCACAUUCAAAUCGAAGAAAUGUCGGCGAAAUCUGGAACCAACAGCAGAUCUCCUUCUAAAGAUAAAAUGAAGUACGAACUCAACUAUCAGUCUCUGCCGGAUGAACUGGAAAAAUUCUUCGAUCCUAUACGAGAUCAAACGCAUAACUAUGACCGACCCGACAAGACCCCCGAUGAACCUGCCUUUGGGGGUCGCUUGACCCCCAGCCACGGAAGAUUCGCUCUGAGGGAUCUUAAAUCCGAUAAUACAUACAAACCCAUGCAGAGGUUCCUCAAGGACGUCAUAGAGAAUAACCAUAUCAUAGAGUAUGUGGCCGAUGUCAAGGGGCUAAUGGAGGUAGUGGGAAACCACCAGAUGUGGGCCAAGCUCCACAGUUUUCACAGUGAGCUGAUCGAAUCGGGCGUCAGUCAGAAUGAAGUUAAGCAAAUGCUUAGCACGAAGUAUUUGGAUAAUCUCCAGGGCAUUGUAAACGAUAUGAACUUUGCCCGGGUUGAGCCGCCUCGAGAUUCGUCACUCAAUGUGGUGGAAGCCGAUCCUGCCAAGGCGAAGCAGGCUAGCCAGGUGGACAGGCUGUUGGAGAGGAACUUGUGGAACAAGCAGCGGCUCAGCACACGACUCAUUCCCUUCGGAAUCCGAGGACUGAAGGGGAAUAGAAGUGUCACGCCCCACAGCCGGCGUCCAUCGCAGGAUAUCAGGAUGAACAGCGCCAUGUACAAGAAACUCAUCGAUCAGGAGCUGAAUGCGGAGCGUUUAGAGCGAGAGGAACGGAAGCGGCAAACAUUCAGUCGCUUCUUGGGAUCCUACGGAUCGUCCGUGAGUCUCAACCCCAGCUUGGACCUGGCGCCCAACGAGGAGCAGGAUAUGCGCGACAUUGAGACGCGGUACUCCUUGCACAACAUCAAGAACAUGAUGCACGAACACAAUAUGAUGUUCAAGGCCAUGGAACGGAAGAAAAUGAAUGCGGAGAUGGUCCACAAGAAGAUGGAGGGAAAGCUAGGGACAAAGUUGUCUGCCACACAAAUCAGACGACCAACAGAGAAGUCCACAACCUUUACGGCGAGAAAGAGGCAUCGAAACCUAAGGCCCAUUGAGCAGCUUUACUACGCACCGCGGAAAACUUGUCGCCUGCAGAGGAUUUCCGAAUCAUCGGAAUGUUUGGGAUGCGAGUGCCGGGAGGGUGAAAUCGGCGAUUCGAUGGUCCUUGAGAAGUGUCCCAGAUGUGGGGUCAAAGUGCCUGUGCCGGGACCCACUCCUCCGUUCUCAGUGUCUUCCUCAUCCAGCAGCCAGAUCCUGUCCAGCGGAUCAAUACAGGCCUGUGCCAAAAACGAGCUGCUGGUCAACGCCCUCGCAGAUCUUUGCACUCGCUGUGGCUACGUCCAUGGAAAGGGGCAUCCCUGUUCCCAGUUACCAUUUUACUCGCAGAAAGCCGAACACCUAAAGCGGAUUAAGGAUACUAUGCGAACUCCGCCGGAGUGUCCGGCCUUCUGCUCACCCUGUGGCAUCCUCAAGAAGACCAGAAGUUUUGAUCCUUAG